CACACACAACACGGCUGAGCUGCUCCUGGAUCUGGAUGCGGGCAUCCUUGGAUUCUGCUCUCGGCACGGGCCUAACACACGGAAACUUAACGGGACAACAAUGGUGCACGCCUCGGCGGCUCAAUAUGCGGCUGCUGGUCGUUUAGGGGACCGGGGAUUGUGGUCAAUGUGACAUUCACUGACGUGCUGGUGCUGAGUUUAUUGUUCUGGUCCUAGACGUGGAGCAGCGAUUCUCGAAGAAGAUGUUGAGCCGAUUUAUGAGUGGCAGCAUCAGGAAUCUUGAGCGGGAAUACAGCUGUACCGUCAGACUGCUGGAUGAUACGGAAUACACAUGCACCAUUCAGCGAGAUGCAAAGGGACAGUAUCUGUUUGACCUCAUCUGCCAUCACCUCAACUUGCUGGAGAAAGACUAUUUUGGAAUCAGAUAUGUGGAUCCAGACAAGCAGCGGCACUGGUUGGAGUUCACAAAAUCAAUCGCUAAACAGAUGAAAUCUCAACCUCCAUUCACCAUGUGUCUGAGAGUCAAGUUCUACCCGCCUGAACCUGCUGCUCUCAAAGAGGAAAUCACUCGCUAUCUCGUCUUCCUGCAAAUCAAGAGGGACCUCUACCACGGUCGGCUCCUGUGUAAAACCUCGGAUGCGGCCAUGCUGGCUGCUUACAUCCUUCAAGCUGAGAUCGGUGAUUAUGACCCUGGGAAGCACCCUGAAGGUUACAGCUCUAAAUUCCAGUUCUUCCCUAAACAUUCGGAAAAGCUGGAGCGCCGGAUUGCUGAUAUUCACAAGACAGAACUGAUUGGACAAACACCUGAAACAUCAGAGCGAAAUUUCCUGCAGAAAGCCCAGAUGCUGGAGACAUAUGGUGUUGAUCCGCAUCCGUGCAAGGAUGUGUCUGGAAAUCCAGCUUUCCUUGCCUUCACACCAUUUGGUUUUGUGGUGCUUCAGGGAAACAAGAGGGUCCAUUUUCUCAAAUGGAAUGAAGUAACAAAGCUGAAGUUUGAGGGCAAGACGUUCCACAUAUAUGCAAAUCAGAAGGAGGACAAAAAGAUCAUCCUGACAUACUUUGCGCCCACACCGGAGGCAUGCAAGCAUCUUUGGAAGUGUGGUGUGGAGAACCAAGCUUUCUACAAGCUUGAGAAGUCAAGUCAGGUUCGCACGGUGUCCAGCAGCAAUCUGUUCUUCAAGGGCAGCCGUUUCCGCUACAGUGGACGAGUGGCAAAAGAGGUGAUGGAGCAGAGUGCCAAAAUCAAACGCGAACCUCCAGAAAUACACAGGGCUGGCCUAGUGCCCAGCAGAAGUUGUCCAUCCAUCACUCACGGUCCUCGCCUCAGCAGUGUGCCGCGCACACGUCGGAGAGCCGUUCACAUAUCUAUCAUGGAGGGUCUGGAGUCAUUGCGUGACAGCGCCCACUCCACACCGGUGCGUUCAGUGUCCCACAGUGAAUCCUUCAUACCACGCUCCCGGAGCCAGGCCACAGACGCCAGCGAGGGGAUGGCGGUGAUCUCCGACGAGGCCUACAGCCCCUCUGACAGCGUCCUGCCCACCCCGGUGGCCGAGCACAGCAUGGAGCUGGCCGUCUCACGCCAGAUUAACGGGGCGCCCUGCAGCAUUGAGGAGGAGAAGGAGUCGGAGGCGGGCACCCCCUCGCAUGGGGAGGGGGGUGAUUUUGGUGUGGACGGUAGAUCUGCACAGGAGGGUGCAGGGGGGGACUCUGCCCUCAGCGAGGUGGAACAGGUGAAUAAGUUUGUCUUAAGUGUCCUCCGUUUGCUCCUUGUGACCAUUGGACUCCUCUUUGUCUUGCUCCUCCUCCUCAUCAUCCUCACCGAGUCAGACCUUGACAUUGCAUUUUUACGUGAUAUCCGCCAGACCCCCGAAUUUGAGCAGUUCCAUUACGAAUACUUUUGUCCCCUCAGGCGGUGGUUUGCCUGCAAGCUCCGCUGGGUGGGCAGUUUGCUCAUUAACAAGUGAGGGUGAGGUCGUAGAGUUCGUAAGCCCAUUCGGGGGUCUGAGGAGACGGUUAGGACUCCGGAGUGAUGGAGGGCAGCCUCGUCCCAACCAUGAACCCUGCUUCUCUCAUCAUCCUCCUGCAGGCAUACAGCUUGGACCACUCCUGGUAACACUGGGCCAGGAUCUCUGCCCCUCCCCCCUUCCACUUUGAGUUACCCCCCCUCCCUCACACCUCCUCGUUUCGGUUCUUUUCUUCUUUUUUUUCUACAACGUCGGACGACAUUUUUUUUUUUUUUUUUUUUUUUUUUGCAUUUUUUAUUUUAAGUCAUUUCAGGUAUCUUAUUUUUUCAAAAUAACACAAAGGAAAAAAAAUGAAACUGAAAUCAAAGAACUGAAGAAUUUUAAACAGUUCCGUGGCAGGAACGGGAGAUUUUGUUGCAACGGAUGAGCGUUGCCUUCAUUUAUUAUUUAUUGCUUUUAAACAUAUAUUUGCGUAAGAAAAGAAGAGGCUCGUCGUCUUUGAACGGUGACAGAAGAAGCUGAAGUGUCAUCAGAGCGAUGAUGGUGGUGCGUUACGUUAGAGUCACUAGGCCUACUGCUGUGAAGUUUGUGUGAGGAUAAUUAGUGUAAUAACUUUGGAUAUGAAUUCAUCCCCAUCAGAGGUCAACUAGCAUUAGAUACACCUUAUCAGAAAGAAAAAACAACCUGAAGGGAAUUGAUGAAGGUUUGUGAAACAGAACAGACAGGGUGAUUACCAAAUGCCUUUUUGAGAAGUUAAUAAUGACUGUUGGCAGUUUUGAACUUUGUGGAUUGUUUUAAGACACAAUUAAACUUAGUAUACUGCAGUGUACAAAGUAACUGGUGAAGAUCCAAGUUCUUUUUUUAACAUUUUAUAAGAAUACAGUAAAAUAAACCAGUACCAGUAGUGUUAUGUGACCCAGUAGUGUCAGUUGCGGUUAGAGAAAUAUUCAUGACAGCAAAGAUUCACUGGCACCAAUAGAUUAUAGUCUAGCUAGGUGUGCAAUGCUCAUACGGUUUUUAAUAAUUAAGUACUUUUGAAUGUGCCCAUUUGUUCAGUUGUUCUGUUAUUUCUCAAAUUAAUUUGAUUCGCAUUUUUCAUCAAGUUGAAAUUCGAUGAAUUUCAAUGAUUUCUUUGUAUGACGGGGUUUUAUUUCAUUUUUGGUUUCAUAUCCACCUUGCUCUUAGGUUUAUGUAUCAUACUAUAUUAUUAUUAUUAUUAUUAGAAUAAGAAUAAUGAUGUACUUUUUGUACAAAUUAGUUUGUUUCCUAAUAUAUAUUGACAGGUUUUCCAUGUAUAUUUUAACAGAACUGAAAUGUUAUUUUGUUAUUGAAGAUUAAAUUAUACCUUUUUUAGCGCUGUUUUAAGUGAGGUCAGAAGCAUUUAUGGAAAUAUGGAAGGGGGGUCUAAAAAAAACAGGGUUUUUAUCCAGAUCCACUCAACCUCUUAUUUCUCUACCAGCAGAAAAUCAGCCUCCACAUCAAGGCAACUGAUAAACACGUAUUUGUAUAGAAUGAUGUUUUGUUCUACUGCCAUAAAUACUUUUUAAAAUACAUUUUAAACUCUCAUCUUUCAUUGUUCAUUUACUUGAAGAGUUUGAAGAGGGGACUACAAGCAUGACUGAUAUGUUUAUUUUAUUUUAUUUUUUGGGAUCUGCAACAAAAAGAAAAAAACUUGACCUAUGUUUAGCAAAACCAGUAAGAAGGGAAGGAAUCUAAAACUUUUCCCCUCUUUCUACUUAUUAUGUGCAGAUUUGAUUUGUGGUUCAGGCUUUUCUGCCUCAAAGCUCAAGGGAGCAAUAACCGUCAAGGCCUGGUGGAUUCUGGGUAAAAUCUGUUUUUUGUUUUGUGUGUCCACCUCCUGUACUUAGUGCAGGUGUAAGUGAGUGUGUUAGCGUGUCUGUACGUAGGAAUGGAAACAAGACUCGAGUUGAAGGUAGUCUAGACAGAAGAGAGUGAAGUCCAUUUUUUCAACUUUUUUUUUUUCUUUUGCAAAAGGCGAGGGACUUGCAGGAAGAAAAGAAAAGUGAGAGGCGUGAAAUGAGCGAAAGGGGAAGGAAAGACUGAGGGAUAUCUUUAGAGAGAGAUUCAAGUGAUCGGUCUGCUUCUUGGGAAGUUGAGUUUUUAAGAAUAAAUUGGAAAUGAGAGGCACUUGUUGACUCAUCGCUCUAAUUAUGGCUGUGCAGGGUUGCUUGCUUUCAGUCGGCUUUUUUUUUUUAAUUUUUUUAUUUUUUAACUAAACUCCCCAAAAAUCAGCACCUGUGGCUGCUCCAACAAAAGGCCUGACUGGUGCUACACUCUUUGUAGUGUUUGCUCCUGUAUAAUGUGAGAGCGUCAGCCCUUAGCUAAGCUGUAGUUCUGACCACGGUGUAGCAUGCACUUUGGCGUUGUGGCUGGAUCCACUCCUGUAGCUCAUUAUAUUUCACAACCUUUAGUUACCUUUGGUGGAGGGAGCAGCACCGACAUUUACCAGCACACUGCUAGUUGGAAUAUUAAAUUAUUAGUGUUACACAGGCAAGGAAGUUGUCAUAUAUGUCAAUAAUUUGAACUCUGAAACGUCCAGUAAAGCAGAUGCAACAUAAAGCACAUAUUUCCUUGUGAGAACCUGAAGCAGGAGAGACUUUUUUUUGUGUAGAUCCACUUCAUAUUUAUUACUUCUUUAGUGACAUAAAGGUCAGCGUGUCUGUGCUGAGUUUUUAGCGGGACACCUUUAAAGGUCAGUCUGCGUAAGUUUCUCAUACAUCUAUCAGCAUUAUGUAGCUUCAGUGGUCUCUAUGAACAUGCAACAAUUACAAAAAGGCAGCAUUAUUCAAGGAGCAAUAAUCAGUGAACGCUGUAAGAGCAAAGAUUUACAAACUUGUGUAUAAAAA